CUCCUCCCCUAUAAAGCCUCUUGGGGUUCCCAGGCACCCAGACUCAGCCCACCCCAGCUUUGGGGGCCAGUACACAGCCAUGAUGCUCAACUGGAAGCUCCUUGGGAUCUUGGUACUUUGCCUGCACGCCAGAGGCAUCUCAGGCAGCGAGGACCACCCCUCUCACCCACCCGCAGAGGACCGAGAGGAGGCAGGCUCCCCAACAUUGCCUCAGGGCCCCCCAGUCCCCGGUGACCCUUGGCCAGGGGCACCCCCUCUCUUUGAAGACCCUCCGCCUCCCCGCCCCAGUCGUCCCUGGAGAGACCUGCCUGAAACUGGAGUCUGGCCCCCUGAACCGCCUAGAACGGAUCCUCCUCAACCUUCCCGGCCUGAUGACCCUUGGCCAGCGGGACCCCAGCCCCCAGAAAACCCCUGGCCUCCUGCCCCUGAGGUGGACCACCGACCUCAGGAGGAGCCAGACCUAGACCCACCCCGGGAAGAGUACAGAUAAUGGGGUUCCCCCAGCCGUUCUGCUCCCAGGCAUCUCCAGGCACCCACGCCCUCUCCACCCUGACUCCCCGUGAAUUCUUCCCAAUUUAGCCCGUCUCCUUAAACCUCUUCCUCAUUCCCUCGGUUUUAUUCUGAACCCAGAAGGUGGUGUUCUCAAUAUUUCCUGUCCCCUCCUGAGAUCCGUACUUAGCCCUCACAUUGCCCGUUUUUUCCUCUGACAGCCUAAGCGUACUCUCCUACCUCACCUCCGGGCCUCGGCCCCACCUACCUCCCUCCCCGUCUUCCUGCCCGCGCGAUCGCUGGGGCAGGGCUGCGGUACUGUGUUCCCUUCUGCCACCUGGUGGCCGGCGGCAGGAAUUAUCAGUAGACAGCUGUUGCUUCCAUGAAACGGAAAAAUAAAAAUCACGUUUUCUUAA